AAAAAGCUCAGUAGCACCAGAACAACUAAGAUUCAAGAGAAUAAAGGAGCCUUCAAUUAUCACAACUACCUCACCAAUUCCCCCAAGUCAGAACCUCUCCGCAUGAUUACUGCAUUUACAGCCACAGCCACCCAAUCCAAAAAUGUCCCUAUCAAACCCCUUCUCGCAAACCGGCUCUGCCUCCCCGCAAACCUCCGCCGACGUCAAAUCCGCAAUAAUAACCCAGGUCCAACAAGAGGCUGCCGUUAACAACGCCCGUUCCCUCAUAACCAAAGUAAACGAAAACUGCUUCGAAAAAUGUAUCCCAUCCCCAGGCUCCAGCCUCUCCUCCAAGGAACAAACCUGCCUCACCGCCUGCAUGGAGAAAUACAUCCAGCUAUGGAACGCCACGAGCCGUGCCUAUGGGGCGCGCGUGAACCAGGAACAGAAGAUGGGCGGCGUUGGCGGUAGCUCGUCGUUUGGCGGGAGCGGGGAUGGGAGCGGCGGUAUCUUUUAGUUUUGAGAUUGUUUGAGCGGGGAGGGUGGAGUGGUUGGUGGAAGGUGGAUUUGGAUUGGAAUUGACUGCCAUGAUUUAGCUUGAUGGAUGGAUGGAUGGAUGGAAUGAGAUUGGGAUAAGAGGAUAGUGUAUGAUUGUUUCGAUCCAUCACGGCCCGCCGGUACAGUUAUGUGAGAGCCAUGAGCUGGACAGACCUUUCCAUCUAUUUUCGCCAUUCUGAGUUGAUUUUUGCUUUGGCUGGGAACGAUAGAGAAUACGUCACUUAUAUCCCCCUUGCAUUUGUCCUCCCCUCCUAAAUUCUUCCCGGAGGGGGGUUGGUUUUCUUUUCUUUUCACUUUUUUUUCUUCGUGAUAAUCUCUCUGUAUUUAUAGUGUACUGUGUCUAUCCCGUUUUCAGUUCCGUUCCCUUUCCUUUUUUAAGCCUGCUUUUUUCUAUUGGAAAAUGCAUAGUUGUAGAAACGCAACUAAACGAGACAGCACCGACGUACUUGGGGUAUUGGGAUAUGUUCGAUGAAUGAUAGGAAAAUAGGAUAGGAACGUUUAGGGGGGGAAAAAAUGGACCAGGCAUACGACUAAGUUUAUACUGUAAAUGAGAAAAGGAACAAUUCUUCUUCCGUCAACAGAAGGCAACAAAAGAAAGACAACAGAUAAUAUUUUCUUAUAUUACAAUAUGACCAGAAUCAGGCAAGAGAGGUUAUCCCAGUGUCAGUGUCAAGUGUCGAAUCAGAUAUUCUUUAUCCCUGACUGCUACUUUUGCAUCAUGUCAUUCAAAACAUUGCCCUCAUUUCUCCAAAUGAACCUCAUAUAGUUAUAUAAAAACACACCAGGCCCUCCUUAUACCGCAUAUGCCCAUCCUAUUUUGACCAAACAAGGAAAGGGACAACGAACGGAG